AUGAGGGAAGUCCCCUCCUCUCCGGCAGUGAGUGGCCUCCAGAUUCUGCAGUCCAAAAUGAAGUGGCACCACCUGGAGAAUGCAAUUAAUGAACUAUGGAAUGCCUUUGCGGGCCUGCUGUGUCAUCAGUCCAUGGUCCUGGCCAUCAACUCCAGCUUUGUGGAUCCCGUGCUGCAGUAUGAAAGUCAGCUGAAUGUAACUGAAGCAUCCUUUAGAAUGCUAUUAGCCCUACCAAACUUUGGAAAGUUGAGAGCACUGGGGAUUGGCAAUGAGGACCUCGAGGACCAGGAGAGUUUAUAUCAAAAUAUUUUACACAUAUUUGAGGACACUCUUCUGAUCUUAGUGUCUAAAGACCUCUACAAACUCCAGAUCCUAAGGGAAAUGGUUUUGUGGGUGAAAGAAGAGCGUUUGUACCUGCAAGAGGAAACACUGACGAUCAUCAGCAGGGUGUUAUGCUUUGCAUCUAAGAAAGUCCAAGGAGAUACGAGCGUGGACGCCCCGUGUCUGGGUGUCCUGGCCGCAGAGCUGUCUCUCCUGUGUUGUCAUGCUGAAAAUGACAUCAUGAACCAGGCCUCCAUGGGACUGCACCACCUGCUCUGCAUCGCCAAGUGGCAGAACGGGCAUGGGGUAUGCAGAGUGCGUGGUGCAGGGCAUGCCCUGGCCCAAUGUCCCUCCUUGCCACACUUGAAGAAGGCGCCCAGGGGGGUUUUCGGUGAUGGGCGGCGACCCGAGGAAGCAUCCUGCAGGACCUGGAGUGUAGGAAAUACUUUACUGCCCUCCUUGCUGACUGACUUUGUGUGGACCCUCCUGAUGAAACUGUCUGAAGCCAGUUUUGAAAUUGCCUCUGAGGCAGCCUCCAUCCUGAAGCUGACUCUGCAGUACCACUCCCAGAAGGUCAUCAUGGUGUCUAAGAUUGUGAAUUUCAUUUAUAAGAAGCUGCGUGAAGAUCCCUCCCACAGCAUGAAGCACUCCAUGCUGCGGGUCACCACCUCGCUGACGCGCACUUCACCCAAGAAGGUCAUCUUUCAACUCAUGGACUACCCGGUGCCCGCCGAUGACACUCUGAUACUGAUGUGGCAAGCGGCGGGUUCCGAGGGCAGCGUGGCCCCUCUUGUGCUGAAGACUAUCCUUCUGAUCCUGAAAGGAAAGCCCGGAGAGACGGAGGAGGACAUGGAGGAAAAGAGGCGCUUCUCCCUGGACGCCACCAACAUGAUGCCUGUGGCGGCGUCGCAGGCCCUGUGCACGUUUCUGCCCGUGGGCUCUUACAAGAAGGCCGUGGCCCAGUUCUUCCCGCACCUCCUGUUGGCCCUCAUGCUGCAGCUCUUCUACAGCAGCCAGCUGAGAGUGAUGCCCCAGGACAGGCCGCUCUAUGCCCGGGACGCCCUGAGAGCUCUGCUCAACUCUUCCGGAUUACAAGAGGUGGAUGCUGCUCUGAAGAAAAAGAACUGCUGGAACCAGUUUUCCCAAGCACUGUAUCACCAACUCGGGGUUCACCUCAUUGCCAAAACUCUCAGUGAGUUCAACUUCCCACAGUUCCCAGAGACUCUACAUUAUUUCUACAAGAUCUCCGUGGAAGGUCCUAGAAGGUCCGAAGACAAUAUCGUCACCAUAAUAUUCUUCACUGAACUUCUGAAUAACUUCUUCAAGGACCCAUUCCCAGAAGAAUUUAUGGUCCUCUACAAAAACUGGAUCAACGACUCCAACCCUGUAGUCAGCAAGUUGAGUCUCCAGAAAAUCGCYAACAUGGCCCCUGUCAUCAAUGAAAUAGAAAAUGUCUGCAGCCUACUGACAUCCAUCCUGGAAGCCUUCCAUUCCAAGGAACACACCGUUGUCAUCCGGGCCUUGCUCACCCUCCGGAAACUUCUAUGCAAACUGGACAGGGUGAUCUACUCCUCACUGUGCGCCAAAAUCGCUUCCAGCUACUGUCGUCUGAUGGAUCACAACAAUGGGGGCAUCCGGAGCAUGGCCAUUCGACACUUUGGUGAGUUGCUGAAGGAUAUGAGUCAGUUCACCUGGAUGCUCAACCCUUUGGCCCUUGGAGCCUUGGUACCCCUGAUCCUGUUUUUGGAGGACAAGGAGAUAAGAGUCUCAAAAGCAUGUCAAUACGCGUUAAGAGGCUGUGCCUCCCAGCUGAGGUGGCCCACACCAGUUUAUCUCAAAGAUGAGAAUUACAACUUUGAGCUGGUGGUGCUCAACAUCUGUAACCACCUUGCUGCUUCUCACGAGAGCCACAUUUCAGGUUUAAUAUCUGAUACCUUAGGGUUCCUGGGGAGCUCCCGGCUAUACCUGAGGAGAGGAUCGGUUAUUUUAGUAGGGUACUUGGCAAAGCUGGGUGCGUACUUACUAAUCAAAGAUGAAAUCGAAGUCAUGCUGGAGGUUAUUGAAAAAACAGUCCGGGAUGAAGACCCGGUGGUUCGGGAGUUAGCAAAAAAAACCCGUGAUAUUUUUAGGGAAAUAGCCCACACGAUGACCUCCUCAACUAUCAAACAAACCUUCCGAAGAUGGUUUAAGUUCAUCUACACCAGGAAAUUGAAGCCUCUUUACAACUGGCCCAAGGACUACACCCACACCCCUGCAGAUCCUACGAAAGGCAGUAAGGAGGGCUUCGUGGAAGAGGGGGAGGAAGAGGAGGAGGAGGAGAUUUUGAUCAAGAGCUACAGGUGCGAGGCCAUCUUGGAGCAGGCCGAGGAGGACGAGUCAGAUUUCCCCUCCCUCUGA